CAUCAUGGGCUAACAAAACUCAUGAUGACUUUCUUGAAUGCCUUUCUCACAAAAUUAUGAACUCAAACUCAAUAUCACAAGUUAUCUACACUCCUAAAAACUCAUCAUAUUCCACCCUUUAUAACUCUUUUUCAAGUAAUCUAAGGAUAACUUCCGAUUUCAAACCAUCAAUUAUUUUCACUCCUAAUAAUGAAUCUCAAAUCCAGGCAGCUAUAUAUUGCUCCAAGAAACAUGGCCUACAAAUUAGAAUUCGAGGCGGUGGACAUGACUAUGAGGGACUUUCAUAUAUUUCGGAGACCCCUUUUGUCAUAAUUGAUCUUAGAAACCUAAGAUCAAUCUCCAUAGAUACUGAAGACAAGACUGCUUGGAUUCAAGCUGGCGCGACCCUAGGGGAAGUUUACUAUAGAAUCGCGGAAAAAAGUAAACAAUUGGCCUUUGUUGCUGGGGUUUGCCCAACUGUUGGUGUUGGUGGACACUUUAGUGGUGGAGGCUAUGGCAUGAUGUCACGAAAAUUCGGUACUGCUGCUGAUAACAUCAUUGAUGCAAAAUUAAUCGAUGCUAAUGGACGAAUCCUGGAUCGAAAAUCAAUGGGUGAGGAUCUCUUUUGGGCUAUUAGAGGAGGUGGAGGGACUAGUUUUGGUCUCAUUAUCUCAUGGAAGGUGAAAUUACUUGAUAUUCCAGAAAAGGUGACUGUAUUCAACGUGACACGAACGUUGGAACAAAAUGCCACUCAACUUGUUUACAAAUGGCAACAUAUUGCAAACAAAGUUGAUGACAAUCUCCUCCUCAGGAUCUUCUUGAGGAGUAGUGAAUCUCCUUUCCAGCAUGGACAAAGGACUGUCCACGCCUUUUUUACUACAAUGUUUGUUGGAGGAGUCGAUGACCUCCUCCAUGAAAUGCAAGAUAGCUUCCCAGAACUAGGGUUAGUGAAGGAAGAUUGCAUUGAGAUGAGUUGGAUUGAAUCUAUACUCUUCUUUGUCGGUUUCCCUAGAGGCACAUCAAUUGAUGUGUUACUAGAUUGGAAUAACUCAACUUAUCAAACCGGAUUCUUCAAAGGUAAAUCAGACUAUGUCCAACGUCCAAUUUCUAUAAAUGGUCUUGAAGGUAUAUGGAAGCUAUUCAACCAAGUAGGCGAAUACUCAACAGAAUUACAAUUUAGUCCCUACGGAGGAAAGUUGAGUGACAUCUCAGAAUCUGAAACACCUUUCCCUCAUAGAGAUGGAAACAUAUUCAUGAUCCAUUAUGGGGUGAAUUGGAGGGAAAUGGAAAGUUCUAAUAAGCAUCUAUCUUGGAUUCGAAACCUUUAUGGAUACAUGGCUAGGUAUGUGUCAAAAUCUCCUAGAGCUGCAUAUUUCAACUAUAGAGAUCUUGAUUUGGGAGUGAACAACAAAGGAAACACAAGCUAUGAACAAGCAAGAAUUUGGGGAGUGAAAUAUUUCAAGAACAACUUUGAUAGAUUGGUCAAAAUCAAGACUAAAAUUGAUCCAACAAAUUUCUUUAGGAAUGAACAAAGUGUUCCUCCUCUAGUAUCUUAAGCU